AUGAGCGAAAACGAGAUGAAAACUGUUGAUAGUCACAAAGAGGCUUCUACUUCAGGACUGACAGAAAAAGAAAAAAUCCAAAUUCCAAUUGAUGUUGAUCAUCUUAGUCCACCAACUCAGCAAGGUAAUCGGCUACUCUCCAAGGAAAAGUUGAGUGCGAUACUUGAAAAAAGCUCUAAGGAAGAGAAUUUAGGAAAAACAUGGGACGAUGAAGGAAAAAUGGAUGAUUUUGAAAAGACUGAAACUCAAUUGAUUGUGUAUAAGGAGCCAUUAGCUACUAUUCCUCCAAUUAAUUUGUCAGCCAUGUUUGAUAUCUUAGCUAAUUUGCGAGUAGAACAGGUUGGUGUCUCAGAGGCAGGUUUUGUUAAUCAAGAAAAUGAAUUUCUGGAUGAAAUUGCGAGUGAUUCCGACACAAAAAUGGCCUAUGAUGAAACUAUGGAUUGA